AUGGCUGCAGUGUCCAUUGAGGCCGUAAACGCAUGGAGUAUCACCAUCACGGUUCUCGCCGUGUUUAUGGGAGUUGCCAUAGUACUCUUCUUCAUGGGGCAUUUAAGCACGCAGCACAUAAAUCUUCGCCACCAUCAAUACCAUCCCAGCACUUUCUAUACCCAUACAGUCGAGCCCUACAGUGGAACCGAGGGACGGCAUCCAGAGGACGUAGAGCUCCAAACACCAGGGUCUGCAUAUCAGCCGAACGGAUCACGAUCGGGAACACGGCUAGCACAAAGGGAAGGCGGACGAAGGGGCAUAACCCAAACCAAGGAGGAAUUCCCUCAGUGCCUCAACCAGAAGCAUCGACAGCUAUUGUCGGGCAAGAUAAACACGGAAGAAAGGGGAAUGUGUAUCAAACAUGUCCUCAGCCGGACGCAUUGCAAGAUAAUAGGCCCCCGAAUCAAGCAAGGGGCCUCUCGCCCGAAACCUACUAUCGAAACCGCAUCCAGCAAUGACAAUACCCAAGAAGAUAUGGGUCAGCCCGAGACCCGAGUGAUAGAGCAUCGUCAAGAGCAACACCAGCAGCAGCAGCAGCAGCGCUGCAAGAUCAGUCCUGAACAAACACAAACGAACAUAAGGACUAGGGAAUCCGAAUAUUAUUCUGCGCCAUCGGAUGUCAGGAUCGAUCUCGUUUGGUCACACCGGAGGGAAGAAGCCGAACUUAGCGAAGGGUUGAGGCCAGAAAGAUCCCCCUCCAUGCGCGAAUCCGAGGCCAGGAAGAACAAUAGCUGGAGGGAAUGUAUGCGUGCAUUGCCAAAACGAUCUUUACCUAGAUGA